CAGCAUUUUUAUAUAACUGAAUUUCUCAUGACACACCCGCUUUCUCGCUCAGGCGUGGUGGAAGAAGCAGCAAGUAGCAGCAGGCAACCUCGCAUGCCCCGUCUGACCCUUCUGCUAAUGUCCCUGACUGGGGCAGCCCUUUUGGUCCUAAACAUAUCCAUCAUUAUCUGCUUCAUCAGACGCUUCGCCACGAGCAGGAAUACUCCAGCUUCUUCUUAUAAAACUGCGAUUUCUGAGACGCACACACCAGCCUCAACUCCCGCGAUGACCACAGAUGACGACGAAGAGAUGAAAUCAGGUGGCCCUGAAAGUGUUACCACUGCAGCCCAAUACCAGAUGACUCGGCAAUCUUCAGACGUAAAAGAUGAUGGAGGUAGUCCACGAAUAACAAAUAUAAUCCAUCACUACAGCACAGAUAUCACAGAGACUUCAAAACCAAAAGACAAGCAGCUGCCAAACGUUCUCCCUUCUGCCGAGUUUAUCACCAUCGACAGUCCAACUAACAACAGCAAAAGUGCCUUAAUGAAUGGUGGUCUGAACAUUCGGAGUCCAGUAUCUUCAAACACAGAGCCUGAACAGUAAGUACUUCUGCCCAGAUAGUACACACCAGUUAGAUGACAACAUAUCAAACCAGAUGAGAGUAGAGGCCCAAGACAUUCCAGAUGUGUGUCCCAAAAACUCAGGGUCAAGUCAUUCAUUUAUUCGUCAGCAG